CGUGGAGCUUGCAUUGUAUCGUAGCGGUAGCAUACGAAAACACGUGGUAACACUACUUGUUACUGCUGCAUUUGAUUACAGUGCCGAAAGCUUCUUAUUCAAGCUGGGUAAACAGUUGUUAAAUGAGUUUUACGAGUAUUUAAAUAACAAAUUAAUUGAAACUACGGAAAAAUGGCAAAGAAACUAAAGAUCAGCGCAGUUAAAAGAAGUAAUCAAAAAAGAAAUAAACUUACAAAACAAGGAAAACUGAAAGCACGAAGACACAAACCAGCGAAGAAACAAAUUCAGAAAGCAGUAGUUCCACAUGCGGAGCCUGCAGAAGAGGAAGAAAGUGAUCAUGGAGAGGAUCUUAUGAAUAUGGUGGAAGAUAAUGAUUUGGAUUUUUUAAAAGAAGCUAUUUCUAAUAAAUCCUAUGAUCUGUUGAAGCAGAUACGUUUACCUAAAACAGUUGAUAAACAACAGAAUAAGAGAAGAAAGGAUGAGGAUACACUGGAAGAAAGAUAUGAAAAUAGUAUGUCAAAAGUAGUUGGGGAAGAAGGGAUAAAAAGAGUUCGCAUGUUGCUUCCUACAAAAACUAAAAACGGAGUCAUACAGAAAAGAUUGAUCGAAGAUAAUAAUGUAAAUGAAUUUGAUGAGCAAGACGAUGAAGAACUAUUUGAUAAAGACCAGGAUGAUGAUGCUAGUAGUGCAGAUAUGGAAUCGAAUUUAGAUGAUGAUGAGGAUAAGAAACCAGUGUCUAUGGUAGAACUCUUAGCGUGUCGUAACGAAGUAUUAAGAUCCAAACGUUUGAAAAUAGGAUUAUUGUCUAGUAGUCUUCUAGAGUCACCAGAGGCCAAGGUUGAGAAUUUUAAAGUCUUGUUGGAAUUAAUGGAAGAAACUAAUCCAGAGGUAUAUAUUACUGUGAGAAAAUUAGCAACUGUUUCUUUACUCGAAGUUUUUAAAGACUUGUUGCCUUCGUAUCAAAUCCAUCAAAUACAACAAGAAGGUGUAAGAUUUAAAAAGGAAACGUAUGCGCUGCAAAAUUAUGAAGUUACGUUAUUAAGAUACUAUAGACGUUAUCUACAGAAAUUGGAAAAGAUGUGUAACAUAUUACGAAAAAGGAAGGGUGAUACGCGGCACAUAAGAGAGCAAGAACUUGAAUUAGGGAAAGUUGCGGUAACAUGCAUGUGUGGUCUUCUGACGACUCAUCCUUACUUUAAUUAUUCCGUCAACGUAGCAACCUUCCUUGUACCACUGUUGGAUAACAAACACGAGUUCGUAAGGCAAGAGGUCCUCAAAUGCAUUUCUCAGAUAUUUAAGGAAGACAAACGCGCGGAAUUAUCACUUAAAAUGGUACGCAAAUUAAAUCAAUACAUCAAAUUGAAAGCUCAUUCCGUCCAUUCUGAAGUUCUGCAAGUGCUCUUAUCGCUUCGAAUAAAAGACGUAAAUUUGGAUAAAGAAAAGGAGGAGGAGACUAAACAGAAGAAACUUACAUCACAUAAACAGAGGAUUCUCGCUUUAAGCAAACGAGAAAGGAAAAGAAAUAAGAGGCUCGAAGAAGUAGAGAAAGAAUUGCUUGAAACCAAAGCAGAAGAGAAUAAGCAAACAAAACAAAAGUUGCUUACUGAGAUAACAAGCAUGGUGUUCACAAUAUACUUUAGAAUUUUGAAAGAAGCUCCUAACAGUAAGAUUCUAUCGAUCUGCUUGGAAGGACUUGCAAAAUUCGCGCACUGUAUAAAUUUAGAUUUUUACCAAGAUUUGGUAGCCGCUAUAAAUAAACUGAUGGCAGAGGGUAAUUUAAGCUUGAGAGAUCAAUUGCAUUGUAUUCAUUGUGUAUUUACAAUAUUGUCAGGACAAGGCUCGGCUUUAAACAUUGAUCCUUACAGGUUUUACGCACAUUUGUAUAAAAUUCUAUUGAACAUCCACUGUGGCAAAACUCAUUCAGAGACAGAGAUUCUUAUAAAGGUAUUAGUCCAAGCUCUGAUCCUUAGAAGAAAGAGAAUCACACAAAGUCGUUUAAUAGCAUUUAUCAAAAGGAUAGCUAUUCUCAGUUUGCAAUUACAACAUAAUUCUGCGCUCGGUGUUCUUGGUAUUAUAAAACAAACUAUGCAACUUGGAAAAACAGCAGACAUCUUACUGGAUACUGAUUGUACCAGCGGAGAUGGCCUUUAUCAAGCAGAAUUAGAAGAACCUGAAUGUUGCAAUGCACAUUGUUCUGCAUUGUGGGAGCUUACGGCUUUACAGCGGCAUUAUCACGUUAUUGUACAAAAAAUGGCGAAGAACAUAGCAUGGGCUGUGCCGCCGACUGGUGAAGGCAGUUUAUCUCCACAAAUUUCAAAACUCUCACCCGAAGAACUGUGUAUCGAAUUUGAUCCUACUGGUGUUGUAUUUAAACCAACAGUGCCAGUUCCGAAAAAGACAAAUACCAAAAGAACGGUAACAAAUCAUCAUUUUCAAAAUAGUGAAUUUAAAGAGUAUAUUAAUAGCAUAAAUAAUACUAAAUUAACUGCGGAUGAAUACAUGGAUUUUCAUAAAGCUUGUAAAAGUUAAUACUGUAUGUAACAUGAAUUACGUGAAACAAA